AUGGCAAACAAGACUCACUCUGCUGGACGGUUGUCCUCAGACACUUCUUCUUCCGAUGAGUCGCUCGCGGUCUCCACUGCCGCCGCCGAAGCUGAUGAAGCUGCUCUUGUCAGCAACGCAGCCACUCUGUCCACAGCAAACUCCGAAGAGCAGACUGAACCAUUUUCGACCUUUCAUCUGUUUCCACGCCUCCCUCCUGAGAUCAAGAACAUGAUACUCGAGUCAGCCGUCAACUAUUCCCCGGCCGUGGUGCAUGCGCGAUGUAUACUUCGCGGGCCAGGAGCCAAUUCGUCGACUGGCGGCGUGGUGAAAUUUCAAGCGAGCCACUUCACCAAGACUUCAGAAUUCAAUGAGCUUAUGAAGCUUGGCGGCGCAAUUCCAGACUUCAAGUCUUUCAUUGAGCACAAAUUCGGCGCCAAGUUCGAAUCCCUCAGAGGAAACGUCCACCUCGCUUUGCGCGGCAACCAAGAUAUUCUCGCCUUGGACAUGCGACUAGGCGUAGUGAUUAUGAGUUGGGGGGUUCGUGCGACUGAACUCUCACGUCUACAUAAUACCUAUGGAAUUCACGAGCCAGGAAUUCGCAGCAUCGGCAUUUACUUCAACGGCCAGAAGUGCAAAAGUCUGGAAUGCAGGAUUAGAUGUUGGCCCCAUGUGACCAACGACAGCCGCGAACACUUGAACUUGCCCUUCUGCCCCUAUGAGCUUGCCAUGUUCUCAAAGAACUUCUCUCACAUCCAGAAUGUCUUUGUGUUCGUUGUCCUGAAGCGAAUUCAUUUCGUCCGACAUCAGACCACCGGAGUCACAAUUGACGAGGUGAAGGAAUGGGUUCGACAGAGGCAAGGUGAGGCACGCCAGAAAAACUUGGCAGUAUUCCACGAUCAACAGCGGACGUGGGUUGAAAUCGAGAACGUCAAAGGUGUGAACGACCAGCUGGUCAGUUCCAUCACAGCAGUCUUCAACCUACUCAAGCAGACCAAAAGUGUGUUCAACAUGCGCCAUUCAAACAUCAAAGACAGCGUCGUUUCGCGUCAGGACGUUUGCUUCCGUGUCCUGGCUUCCAAUUUCUACAUGAAGUAG